CUUCUAUUCACCUCAGCAGCUGAAACUCGAGUACUGGCUUUCUAGUCCUCGGACAUACAUAGCAGAUACUCACUCCAUCGGCAUGUAGGCACAGAGCGACAAAGAUGUAUGAUUGACCAUGUAGACGAGGUACCUGUCUAUCUCCGACUAUGCUCCCCGGAGACUCGACUUUUGCCAGGUAGUAUUGCAUGAGGCAGCUUUUCUAUUAUCAUCACCCUUUGCUUGGGCGGUCGAAAUGACCAUUCCUCCUCACGUCUCCUAUCCUCUCCUAUUCUAUUUCCAUAGUUAGGAUCACAUCCGAACUUAGAGCCCAUGCCUAAUCUCUAAAUUUUUUUUUUCUAUCAUCUCCGAUAAACUGUUAGUAUUCUAGUUCCAACAUAGGUAACUAAUAGAAAAUUAUAGCACUAUGGAAUCAGUACCCGAUCUAGAAAGAUCCCCCUUGCUCAUAUCCCACACUCCUGACACGAGCGAUGUAGAUCCGUGCGUUCCUACUCCUAGAGUGUCUCCUACGUCUCCCCACUCUACGCCACCACUGAACAAAGUGACCACCAAGGAGCACGUUUAUUAUGUCCUCCCCAUAGCAUUUACAGCGGCGUUUGCUAUAUCCGCCACUUCUGCGUCCACUGUAUAUGCGUACGCUAGCAUCCUAUGCACUGAUCCAGCCCAUUGCGAGGACAACGAGCGAAAUCGCUAUGCCGGUGCCGUUGCCAUUGCGACUACACUAUCUAAUUCGAUCAGCAUCGUGGCAAUAUGCCUUCUUCGAAAGUGGACGAAGACCAAUCCAAAAUUAGGACUAUGUCUAUGGUUAACGUGUCGAGGGUUAAGCCUCGUGGUACUGUCGCUUGGAGUAAUCUUCCGUGAUAUUUACAUCGCAAUCGCAGGCCGCAUAUUUGAAGGUUUAGCGACCGACAAUAUACUACAUUAUACCCUAGCUGCUAUCUACGUCCGAGCUGAGGAUGGGAGUCGAUUUCCACGAUUGAUGGGGACCUCAUUAGCGCUAUAUAUGAUUGGCAUGUCGAUAAGCCCAGCGCUUGUCACAUUGUUACCACACUUCCUAUUCAGCUUUCUAUUAGCUUUCGCGUUGCUGGGAUCAUCACUUUUCUACCUUCUUGCCUUUGUUCCCGGAUUGGCUCCGGUAAUAGAGAGCAACUAUGGAGAUCACUCUGAGUCCCAUCAAGGGAGAGAUGCCGUAGACUCUUUUUCGAUUUUCACACCCAUCCGAUACCUGGUCUAUGAACCAACUGCUCUUUUUGCAAGCCUGGCCAUCUUCUUCUACAAUACCGCACAGGCCUACCUCUUCCCUGCUAUCAUGGUAUAUGCGACCUUGAAGUUUGGGUUUACCAGCGUAGAGAACAGCUAUAUCGUUUCCAUAGCUGCAGAGCGGUAGGGACUGCAGGAAAUACUUGUGAUUCUGAUGUUGAAGGAAUUGUCAAGACUAGAUCUACGGCCUACAUGUUCUAUAGCGACAUGUUUUACGCGGUUCUAUCUAUGUCUAUACAGGCAGUUACUUUCCCUUCAUUCCUAGUGAUAAAUACCGAAUGGCAUAUAUAUGGUUUGGUUAUUUUGGUUUCUUUGGGGCUGGCUGCUCCCAGUUUCAUCAAGAGCUAUACGGUCGCAAUAGCUAGUUCAAAAGAUUCUGCUUUAGCUGGGUUAGCUAUAAUGGAAAGCCUAGGUGGCUUAUUCUCAUCUAUUAUCCUAGGCGUUAUACAGAGUUCCGUUGGCCAAAAUAGCGUCUUCGUUGUUGCAUCAAUGUUAGUUGGAACUGCUAUAUUAUGUCUAGUCGGAAGUUACUUU